UUUCAGUCUCUCUUCCGGUCCACUAGAUGGCAGCACACAGACAUUAGUCUUCUCUUCAUAACUUUAUAUGCAAAGAAAAAGCGGUACUCCAAAUCACUUCCGUAGCACGUUUUGUUGCAUUAUUUAGCGGUUAAUUCGGUGUAUUUUUCAGAACGCGUUGUCGUAUAUUCAACUGUUAACACCAGGAAAUGUCAGGAAUCCCACCAGACUCAUGGCAGCCCGCUACGGUGUCACUCGAGACCUCUAUGGGAACCAUCGUGUUGGAGUUGUACUGGAAACACGCACCUAAAACCUGCAAGAACUUCGCCGAGCUGGGCAGACGAGGAUAUUACAACAACACCAAGUUUCAUCGCAUCAUUAAAGACUUCAUGGUGCAAGGAGGCGACCCGACAGGAACUGGCCGUGGUGGUGCAUGUAUAUAUGGCAAACAGUUUGAGGAUGAACUUCACCCAGAGCUGAAAUUCACAGGUGCUGGAAUCCUUGCUAUGGCUAACGCAGGCCCAGACACAAACGGGAGUCAGUUCUUUUUGACUCUGGCCCCCACACAGUGGCUUGAUGGCAAGCACAGUAUAUUUGGGAGAGUUUGCCAAGGCAUCAGCGUUCUUAAUCGAAUCGGCAUGGUGGAGACUAACAGUCAAGAUCGUCCUGUGGAGGAGAUCAAAAUACUCCGGGUGACUCUACCUAACUGACACGUGUCGAAGUUCACACAUAAUUUUGUACAGUAUUGUGUUUUUUUUUUUUAACAAUAAAAAAAUAUUUUAUAACGUUUGCAAUGUGUGAUUUGCAUUCGGUUUUUUGGGGGUAAAAUUCUUAUGUACGCUCUUCUAUGUAUGUUUUAUUCAUUACGAGCAAGACUAAUCCUUGUACAUAAGUGAAAUUAUGCAGUGUCUCUUUUUUUGUGUGUGUGUGUUGUAUAUAGAUCCACAGACCGAGGGAUGCUUUUACUAUUAAACGGUUGUGUACAAAGCUUAAAUAACAAACAGACACUGGAUGAACUAAUAUUGCAUUUACCAGUCUAACACCUGUAAGUGGAAAAGCAGUUCUUUCUUUAUGGCUACAUCUGGAUAUUUCUCUAAAAAUACAAACUCUACAUAUAUUAAUCAUUAGUGUGUAGAUCACUUAUUUAAAAAAAAAAAAAACACAUAAUCAUGUGCUGACUAGUGAUAACUAGGCACUGUGAAUAGUAAAAUAAUGAUCAUUCAUGAAUCUUUUCAAGCCUCUUUAUCCUGGGUCAUGUCAGGGUCAUGGUGAAUUGUGGUGUAUACGGAGCUAUCCCAGGAACACUGGGCGUGAGGCGGGAUUACACCCUGAAUGAGACACCAGUCCACAAAUUCACACACUCACUCAUACCUAGGAGCAAUUUGCCAAACCCCUUUCCAAUUUACCUGCUGGCAUGUUUUCAGGGAGUGAGAGGAAUCUGGAGAAACUCAUUCAGACACAGGUAGAACAUGUGAAAUGUAACCCAAGCACAGGAUUGAACUUGAAACAGUGUUUUUAAAAAAUUGCAGUAAAUUCCAUAUAUUCAUGAGGUGGUUUUUAAUCUCUCUUAGUGUCAGGAGCCAGAACUUUAAAUGUAUAAACUUUCAAGUGUAACAUAUACGUGUGUUGAAUUGUUAAGAUCACAAUUUUCGACGACUCUUUCGGAGAAUUAAAUGCUAAAUUCAAGUCUUCUCUAGCCGAGUUUAAAAACAUUUCAAAAAAAGGCUAGAAGAAUUAAAGCACGGUUGCAUAUGUAUGCUAUGACUUACUGUGCCGUCUGGUUAGAUUAUCUCAAUGGAACAUAACAGUUCUGCAUUAAAUUAACACCGCACUUCCAGCAGUGAUCCGACAACUCCGUGAGAUACUCACUUCAGAUCAGUGCCUCAGUUUACAUACAGCAGUGGUCACCAGGCCUAUUCUUGGAGAUCUAUUUUAGGACUAACCAUAAUCAUGCCAACCUGACCAUCUAAUCAUGUCCUUAAGAAGUUCCUGAUCAAAUAAAACAGGUGUGUUAGAAUUUGGUUAGCGAUGAAACCUGCAGGAAGGUAGAUCUCAAGGUUGGAGCCCGCGGAGGCUCGGCAGAUAAUUAUUAUUAAAGAGGACAGAUAUCACACUGUGCUUAUUUCUCACGAGAAUGCUACGUAUUAUGAAAAGGUGGACCUUAAAGCAACAAUAUAGGCAAUUAUUAACUCUAUGAAAAUUGUAUAUGAUGUUGCACUGCAACCUUGCCAUGGAGCAAUUUAUAAUUCUAUCAAAUUGUGUGUGUUUUAAUUUUUUUAAUUUUUUUUUUUACAACAAAGUAAUAACUUAUGACUGUAAAUUGAUCUGCCUGAAGAUGCCUUAUUUUUUCAGGCAUUGCACUGGUUUUUGGUAUGAUACUGAUACUGGUAUGAUACCUCCAAUCAGAGCAUCGUCUGAUACCUGAUACUAAUCCUGUAGUGACAUCUUAAUAACAACAACUCUCUGAAAACUUCAAAGGUGUGAUGCAUUUCAGUGCUAAAAAUCAAGUGGCUCUCAUGCGGUGGAAAAGUGUAGAAAGGCAUCGACUCGGACAACAGCACAGGCUGAGGAAGUGAGAGCUAAAAAUGUUGAACAUUAAAUAAAUAAACCCAAUAAAUGGACCUUCUAAUCUUUCUGUCAAGUUUUCUGCACAAUUAUAGUUAACAAGAGUUAAGUUUCAAACGGUUAUGGCUGUUCUAUUAAUGACACACGACAGCGUUUGACGAUAACGACCGAAUACGCUUGUUUGAAUUAAACAGGACACGAGAUCUCGUUCACUACACUGUUUCCUGAUAGGACUCUUAAAAUGACUCAUCAGCACAAGCAUUUCAUUACAGUUCCAGUUUUAAUAUUGACAUUACAUUGAAUCACAUUCAUUUUAUUGUACAAGCCUUUCUCUUCAAAAGGUUUAUACGACUGAAAAUAACAUUCAAUAUGGGGCAUGCCUGCUCUGCAUCGUAAGGAGGAGGGAAGGGUUAGGACUGCGACUACGUCAGACUACUGAAGAUCUCGUCUCUGUGGACAGAGACGAGACGCAUUGUCCAUCUAACGGAAUGAAUUCCGGUGCACGGACGGUUCUUCCUACAGUUCAACAGCUGUGGCAAAAAAGUAGUGUGUUGUGUAAACAAACACAGGAGAAGCUGACUGCCACGGCAUACCCAUAUAUAUGUUAUGUACGCACACAGAAAUACAUACUUACAAGAAAAUGUAAAUACUGUAUACAAAGAAACCAACUGGAAAAAAUUGAAUCUUCAAGACAAAACAGUAACACUUUUUUUGUUUUUGUUUUUUAAAUCAGUGAGGAUAGAAACAUCAAGUGUAAAUCGCCUGAUCUGGGCGUUUUACGAGUCCGUCUCUGUGUAUUACAUUCAUACAGAGAGUAAGACUGUUCACAGAGCUUUGAGCCCAGCAAGCUCCACUAAAGAGUCCAUGCAUGAGCCGCUCUCAAUCGCUCUUACUCAGACACAAUUGGCACUCAUUCACAUUAAUGUGCAGGACAUCACAGUCAGUGAGCUCUGCCUAAGCCUUAUUAAGACAAAAUAUGAAGCCAGACUGCCAGUAAGUCAUUCAGAUUUCAGUUAGGUUUCCUUCAAAAUGACCUUCAGCUGAAAAUUUAUCUCAGGCUUGGAUGAAAAUAGAAAUAUAUACG